UUAUUUAAUUUUCUUUUCUUUUCUUGUACUGAAUUUACAUGCCUCCGUUAUUAUCGGAAAAAAAAAAAAAAAAAAGAGGAGCAGCAGUGCACUGUUUCCUACCCAGGGCAGAUUUCACAAACCUCAGACAGAAAGACAUCUUAUGGGGUCCGUUCCAAUUUGACAAACGAAACAAGCAAAAGGCAGAAACUUGUGUUGUACCAAAGUGCAAUGGGUUCCUCCUGAGAAGGAUAGGUUGUUCUGCAAUGGCAUCAUCCGAUCAAAGCAGGCUCGGCGAUCUCGAGUUUGCCGUGCGAGCGGUCGAGUCCGGGAGCCUCGACCUGCACAGCAUCUCCUUCUUCCUCAAUCAGGCUGGCUCGGGAUGUUUCCGGGAAACCGAGAACUCCCUGAACGUGAACAUAGCCAAGAAUGAUGUUCCCUACUUCUUGCAGCUCCUGACCGCGCUUGGAGGGUCCGGGAAAGCCCGGACGUCCCUGAGGAAUACAGAGUUCCACCUCAUCGAGUGGGAACCACAGCAGGUGAGGAGACUCGGGGCUUUGCUCGAGGAGAAUGGGAGCAUUAGACGGGUCGUGUUCCGGAAGAACCGCUUUAAGGGGGAGUGCUUGUCGCAGUUAUGCGAGAUUCUCAUCACGAGGAACAAAGGGAUCAAAGAUGUCGUGUUCUCAGAAUCGGGGAUCGGCUCCACCGGAGCUGGCCUGGUCGCUUCGGCUCUUAAGGUCAAUGAUAACGUGGAAGAGCUGCAGAUAUGGGAUGACUCGAUCGGGUCUAGAGGAGCUGAGGAACUGGCAAAGAUGAUCGAAGUGAACUCCACGCUGAGGGUACUGACAAUUUUUGACUCGAGCUCAUUGACAGCAACGCCGCUUAUAUCUGCAGUUCUGGGCAGGAACCGGGCUAUGGAAGUUCACAUUUGGAGCGGGGAGAAUGGAGAGAAGAGCUCCAAGGUGGUGGAGUUCGUGCCAGAGAACAGCACUCUGAGGAUAUACCGCCUCAAUGUCUCGGGGACUUGCAGGGUUGCCUGCGCCCUGGGGAUGAAUACUACUGUUAAGUCUCUCGACCUCACGGGAGUGCGUCUCAAAUCGCGGUGGGCUAAGGAGUUCCGAUGGGUUCUCGAACAGAACCAGACCCUCCGAGAGGUGAACUUGUCAAAAACAUGCCUCAAGGAUAAAGGGGUUGUUUAUGUUGCAGCUGGGCUAUUCAAGAACCAGAGAGUAGAGAGAUUGUACCUCGAUGGGAACUGGUUCGGUGGGGUUGCGGUCGAACAUCUACUAUGUCCCUUGAGCAGAUUCUCUGCUCUCCAAAUUCAAGCCAAUGUGACCUUAAAGUCGGUAACUUUCGGAGGUGGAAGGACAAAGAUAGGAAGAGACGGGUUAUCAGCGAUAGUGCAGAUGCUGACUACAAAUGAGAGCAUCACCCAUUUAGGCAUUUACGACGAUGACAGCUUGAGGCCAGAUGACUUUCUGAAGAUAUUCAAGAGCUUGGAGAGAAAUGCAUCCCUUAGGUACUUAUCAUUAAAGGGCUGCAAAUACGUGAAAGGAGAUGUAGUGUUGCAGGCAAUAAUGGAAACACUCCAAGUGAAUCCUUGGAUCGAGAACAUCGACCUCACAGGAACUCCUCUACAAGUCUCAGGGAAGGCGAGCAGUGUUUAUCAGAGACUGGGGCAGAACGAGACAGCUGAACCUGAAGUGGAUAUGCUCAAGGACAUGCCACUCGUGAUGCCUAAGAGCUGUCGAGUCUUCUUCUGUGGCCAGGAAUAUGCAGGUAAGACAACUCUUUGCCACUCGAUAUCGCAGAGUUUUUCUUCUCCAAAGCUUCCGUACAUAGAUCAAGUGAGAACGUUAGUUAACCCAGUCGAGCAAGCAGUACGGCCAGUUGGGAUGAAGAUAAGGACCUUCAAAGAUGAGGAAACAAAGAUCUCGAUAUGGAACCUUGCAGGUCAGCACGAGUUCUAUUCUCUCCACGAUCUCAUGUUCCCGGGUCAUGGUAGUGCAUCAUUUUUCCUCAUUAUCUCGAGUUUGUUCCAAAAACCAAACAAUAGGGAGCAGAAAAUGCCAUUGGAAAUAGAGGAAGACAUCCAAUAUUGGCUUAGAUUCAUAGUUUCAAACUCCAAAAGAGCUGCCCAACAGUGCAUUCUUCCCAGCGUUACCAUAGUCCUUACCAAUCAUGACAAAAUCGAACAAUCAUCCCAGAACUUGCAGCAAAUUGUAAGUUCGAUUCAGAGGGUGAGGGACAAGUUCCAAGGAUUCGUGGAGUUCUAUCCGACAGUUUUCACUGUCGAUGCAAGAUCUUCCGCAUCAGUGAGUAAGCUUGCUCACCAUAUUCGAAAGACAAGCAGAACAAUUCUCCAAAGAGUCCCCCGAGUCUAUCAGCUCUGCAACGACCUGAUCCAAAUUCUAUCUGACUGGAGAGCGGAAAAUGAUAAUAAGCCUGCAAUGAGGUGGAGAGAGUUCGAUGAGCUGUGCCAAAUUAAAGUCCCCACCUUGAGGAUACGGAGGCAUGAUAACAGGGAGAAGGUGGAGACAAGGAGGCGGGCAGUAGCUUCGUGCCUUCACCACAUUGGGGAAGUGAUCUACUUCGAUGACUUGGGAUUCCUGAUCCUAGACUGUGAGUGGUUCUGCACCGAAGUUCUCGGGCAACUUGUGAGGUUAGAUGUCAGAAAGCAUACCAAUGGAUUCAUAGGCCGGAAGGAGUUGGAGAAGAUCCUGAAGGGAAGUCUGCAGGGACAGAUCAUUCCUGGGAUGGGCAACUCGAAGGUGUUCGAGAACUUGGAGGCAGGCGAUCUCGUGAGGAUGAUGCUGAAACUUGAGCUGGGGUAUGAGCAAGACCCGUCAGACCCAAACUCUCCGCUUCUCAUCCCAGCACUUCUUGAGGAAGGUCGAGGAAGGAUGCAAAGGUGGCAGCUGAGCAGCCCUGAGUGUCUCUACACGGGUCGACAUCUCGAGUGUGAUGAUUCGAGCCACAUGUUUCUCACACCAGGCUUCUUCCCUCGGUUACAGGUUCAUCUCCACAACAGAAUCAUGGCCCUGAAGAACCAGCAUGGAGCAACCUACAGCCUAGAGAAGUACCUCGUCUUGAUAAACAUAAAUGGGGUCCACAUAAGGGUCGAACUCGGGGGACAGUUAGGGUACUAUAUCGACGUCCUGGCAUGCUCCACCAAGAACCUGACCGAGACCCUCCGGCCGAUCCAACAGCUGGUGAUCCCGGCGAUCCAUAGCCUCUGCCACGGUGUGUCAUUGACUGAGAACAUCAUAAGGCCUGAGUGCGUCCAGAAUUUGACCCCUCCUAGGUACCGAAAGACCCAGUUUGUCCCCGUGCCGCUUCUCAAGCAGGCUCUCCUCUCGGUCCCUGCAGAUGGGAUGUAUGAUUACCAGCAUACGUGGAGCCCGGUUAUGGACUCAGGAAGAGUGAUUCUACAAGCAGGGUUCGACUUUGCUCGGGACCUCUUAUCUGACGAUGACUUCCGAGAAGUUCUCCACCGAAGGUACCAUGACCUGUAUAACUUAGCUGCGGAGCUUCAAGUCCCAUCCGAUAACAACACCGAAGGUCCUGAAAACGUCGUCACUGAGGAGGCAGAUGGGAGAGUUGAGCCCACUUUCAAUGGAAUUGCUAAGGGUGUGGAGGCAGUCCUACAAAGGUUGAAGAUCAUCGAACAGGAGAUCCGAGACCUCAAGCAGGAGAUCCAAGGGCUCAGAUACUAUGAACAUUGCCUCCUCAUCGAGCUUCAUCGAAAGGUCAACUAUCUUGUCAACUACAAUCUGCAAGUCGAGGAGAGGAAAGUGCCAAGCAUGUUCUACUUUGUUCGAACAGAGAAUUACUCAAGGAGGCUUGUGACUAAUAUUAUCUCGGGCAUGAAAGCAAUCAGACUCCACAUGCUGUGCGAAUAUCGAAGGGAAAUGCACGUAGUUGAAGAUCAGAUGGGAUGCGAGAUGAUGCAGGUCGAUAACAGGGCAGUGAAGUCACUGGCCCCGUACAUGACUAAGUUCAUGAAGCUGUUAACCUUUGCUUUGAAGAUCGGGGCACACUUGGCAGCAGGAAUGGGGGAGAUGAUCCCUGACCUGAGCAGGGAAGUGGCCCAUUUGGCCGACUCGUCCCUUAUGAUGGGCGCAGCUGGAGCAGUGGCUGCAGGGGCUGUGGGGGCUGCUGCCGUCAGAAGUGGGGACCGAUCAAGGGAUGUUCGGAGUGAUCAAAGGGCAGCCCAGCAGUGGAUUGUGGAUUUCUUGAGGGAACGAGGGUGCUCGAGUGGGAAAGAUAUCGCAGAGAAGUUCGGGCUCUAUAGGGUGAGGUACAGGGAUGAUGGGCAACUUGCUUGGAUCUGUAGGAGGCAUAUGAGCAUUAGAGCAUAUGAAAUCAUGGAAGUCCCCAUUUGAACAACUCUCCAUUCCAUUGGGCUGUCUGGCAAGUCUACAGGGCUGUAUAAAUUUCUCAUUCUACUCAAUAAACGGUUUCAAUUAUUCGAAUAAUCUAA